AUGCCUUACUCAUCCCCCCAUCCCGGUCCUCGCUCUCCCCUCUCGCCCUCCUCCUACUCCUCAUCCUCCAGCUCCGCAUCCGAGCCAGAUCUCGACGAGCUCGACCUCUCCGAGUCCUUUGUCAUUAUUCGCGACGACGAGACCGAUGUUGAGUCCAACUCGACAGUCAGCACUGCCCUUCUCGAGCUCCUGUCCGACACCUCGUCCGAGCCGCGCCAUCCGGACAGCCUCGAAGGGUCGCUCGGCGAUCUGCGUGAUGUCGACAAUACCCUCAUCGCUGGCGGCGUAAGUGAAGACGAGGAUGACAUGGGUCUGAACGGGAGCUAUGCCGAUGCUGAGGCGACGGCAUCUCUGCUCACAGACUCAAGGGCCACUCUGGGCGCUGCGGAGAACACGCCUCUGCCCCAGCGUCCGGAGAUGCCAUCGAGGGAGACGGGAUCCACCUUCCGCUUCAUCUUCCCGGAGCCCGGAGCGUCCUUCUCCUCCGCUGGCACCUACACGGACCACCGCACGCCCAGCGCUAGCGUCGCUGACCUCCCGCCCUCACCGGUGUUCUCUCCCACAGUCGAGACGGCCAAUCCUAUCAUAAGCGGCACAGGGAAUGACGCGCCCUUUGCUCGGCUCAGCGAGGCGGCUCGGCGGACGAGCGACAAGACUCCUGUCAGGGGCGUGGAUGAGGGGUGGCUCAAGGACGCGCGGACAUGGGCGCCUACCACCCCCGGUCCGGUCGAGAUCAUGAUGCCGUCUUGGGAGAAGGGGCAGUAUGAUCUCUCGACGGAUAUUGCUCUGAACAUGCCGGUCCCGAGCGUCCAGGCCGUGGGGUCCGCUCUGCCCCAGGCGGAAAUGAGCGCGCAAGGCGGUGCUGAGGAGAAGCAGCUGUCCUUUCCGGUCGACGAGCGGCAGCUGCAGCUCAAGCGCGCUCUGAGGGCGGUCGUUGCUGCUGGAGCAGGUCAUGCGGGAAAUAGAUGGGGCUUGCUUGCGUUCGCAUCUUGCGCCUUGGCGAUCUUGAGCGCCUUUGGCCCCGGCGCCACGUACCUAAACAAGAGCACCAAGCCAUACUCGGCGUACAAUACCUCCUCGACCGGCGCGACCCACCCUCCGUCGUCCCAAAGCUGCAUCGCUCUGGACGAGGUGUUUGCUACCCCGGAGCCGGUCCCGGCAACCACAUCAAGCACGCACGCGGCUCGGUCACUCGCUACCCAGCUCAUUCCGGACUUUCAGAGCAUCCGGGAUGCCAUCUCGACCUUCACGUCGGGACCGAGCCGGGACGAACGGCCAGCUUCCGGUGACACAGACUCGGUCGUCGGCGAGCUCGCGGCCAACAAGCAGAGCUUCUGCUCCGGAUCGGCGGAUUCGUCGAACGUGGCCCUCACCGCUCCUGUUGCUACCAAGGGCGCUCUGUCAGUGUUCGACGACACAGGCUACAAGGUCUGGAUGCGGGCGAUGGCAAACAAGGUCGUUCGGCCAUCGGAUCCCAUCGUCCCUCCUGCCCCCUCAGAGCCCGCAACCAAGCCGCCUUGCAAUUGCACCUCCACCCCCUCGUCGGACUUACACAACCGGUACGACUACCUCCUCCAGCGUACGCGAGACUACGCUCUGUCUACCACAUCGGCCUUUGCGCAGCUCUACCACCCCAUGAUGCUGCAUCUCGACCACGAGCUACGCGAGAUCUCUCGCUUCGUCGCAUAUCUCGCCGAGCGCAAUAUCACCCAGUCCACCCUCCGGCGGCUCGACUCGGCUCGAAUCGGCGCAAAGGAGCUCCGUCGCCGACUUGCCCAAGUCAGCGAGCGGCACCGAGGGGUACAUACCGCUCAGCUGGAGUAUGUGACGCAGGUGGCCAGGAAGGUCUGGGCGAGUCUGGCAGAGGUGAAGAACAGGCGGAGAGAGGUCAAGGAGGAGUUCACACGUGUGAUAGUGCAUGGUGUGCAGGAGGGGUACGAGAAGAUUGGGGAGAAGGUGGAGGAAGUGAAGAUCGAGGGGGAGAAGAAGGUCAGGAAGGCGAAGAAGGGGUUGGAUCGGUUGAUUAAGCCCAGAGUGGUCGAUGAGGUCACCGCUGUGGAGGGUGGGGACGUGGUCGCGGUGGCGGUUUCUGCCGACAAGGCCGUAGCCGAAAGGAGGCGGAGAGGAUUCCGGCAGCGGUUCAACAGGAACGGACGCCGGAUGAGAGAGCAGCGGGCAGCGAGGCGGCAGCGGGAUAGAGACGGCAGCGGAGAUGCCCAGACAGACAAUGGGGUAGCGCGGCACGGAGCGGACGGAGCGGCCUCGGGUUCAAGUGGCCCGACAAGUGAUCAGGGUUGGACGAGGUGGAGAAGGCUUCUCGAUGCAGCUCACCAUGGCGCGAUUCAGGUCGUACUCGCGAACGCUGCUUGA